CAACUGUACAUUAAAAAUUAUAAACAUUACACAACCUUCAGCAGCCUCCACUGGUCAGUUGUCAAAGUCACUCGAAAGUAUUACACAUAGCAAUCGUCGCAACAUGGUGGCCAAACGCAGAUUUAGCGAUGAUGACGGCGCUUCCGCAAGUAUCGCCAAGCCACUUACCGAUUCAGACAUGGCUGAGAGUGAUCCCACUAGUGUCAAACGGCAGAAAAAGAAGCAAGAUGCUACCGAUACUAAUAACGGAGCCAGCGGCAAGGCCAAGGCUCCAUUGACUGAUGCCAUGCGCGCUAAGAUCAAAGCAAAUCCCGGACAGAAAGAGAGAGGCUUGAGGAAAAAGGCUCUGAAAAAGAGCACCGUCGAGUUGGAGCUAAAGGUAGAUGAGUACUACAAGAAAUCCGGGUUCGAUCGCAUGACCCUGCGACACUCACAGGCUGCGCUACUGUGGUGUGUCAGCGAUGGCCGAAAUCCCAACGAAUGGCUCUUCUUGAAGAACAUGUCGCUGAUCAAUAAGUACAUGACCAUAGUCAUUGAUGGACUCACUGUGGACCUCUACACAAAAUACGGCACAAACUGCCCCAAUCUGGUGAACCUCAACCUGAUGAUGGGACUGCUGUUCCCACCCUCUUCGCAAACAAACCAGAGACCGAUAAAUCACAAGAACAAGAGUAAGGUAUUUAACAAAGCAAGUGCUGUUACCAACACCACAGGGGAGAGUACAAAUGUAGCACAACCUGAUAGUAGCUCAGUAAAGGAGGAGAUCAGCUCAAGCACAGCAGAAACCCAUACAGCCACCGAGGACGCCAGCACAAGCGCCACAGAGACUACCAGCACCACAACCACAACCACGACCACAGCUGCAACCGUAUCGAAUAACAAAGUAGCCAGGAUAUCGAAGGAGAAGGCGAUAAUGGAGGACUAUGCAUCGGAGGUGCUCAACAGCUACUUCUACGCAGGCAUUCCGGCGAUGCGACGCAAGAAGCUCGAAGCUGAGAAGAAGUUUUUAGAAGACAAAGCGAGAAGAGAGUCGGGCGAGGCGAAGAAAAGCACAGAGCUGCCACCCAACUCGCACUAUAUUCUCACACGUGAGGAAUUAACCAUGAAUCAAUUCCCCAGCUGGUAUCCCGGCUGGACUGGUGAGAUGUUAACGCCUGGAGCCAUUUUGCCAGACAUGAAGGGUUACCAAGGAACGCAUAAGGUAGUGGGGGACGGGACAUUGAGAUAG